AUGUCAAAACAAAUCAUCACAAACCAUAACAGUAGACCCGCAUCUACGUAUCAAUCUGUGAACCAACAAUUAAGAACUUCGUAUUCUCGGGCGUCAAAUGAAGAAUCGGUUACUGGAACUUCAGAUUUGUAUCGAUCACCCAACAAUUAUGGAAGAGUAAGAGAAUCAAGAAAUAUUUUCGGAAAGUACCUUUCUUCCAGAGGACGGCAGGAAAGGAGAGAAACCAAGGAGUUUGCAAACUUUCUCCGAGAAAAUGAUCGAUAUUUUGCUGCAAAUCGCAGAAAGGAACUCGAGGGUAGACAUAGAGACGAGGAGAUGAGACGUAGAAAAACAUCGGAGAGUAUUUCAAGAGAGGAAGAUAAAGUACAAGAGGAAAGGAGAGCACUAGCGAUAGAACGAAAUGGUGGGUGGUAUCAACAUGAUCUGGAACGAGAAGAAGAAAGAAGACACCAAGGAGAAAUAUCCAGAACAAUAGCAGCAUUACCACCGAGACAAAGAUUGCAAAAGAAAAGACAGAUGGAAAAUAGAACAGAAGAGAAAAGAAUCCAGAGGGAUAAAUCCCGAGAGGAAAAAAGAGCACGACAGCUAAACAGAUUGAAACAAAAAGACCGCAUACAGGAGGGAGAAACAUUGCACAAGAAUUAUAGAUAUCGAGGAGAAAGACAAGAAGAGGAAAGUCAAGCCUUACGUUUGUUUAGUGCUUGGGAACGUGGAUUUGAUGUCCAAGGAGAAGAAGACCUGAGAUGGGUAUUAGGACUUGCGUAUCAGCCAAAUGAUUACCCUAUUGUACCUCUUUGUGAUCGGGUAGGAAGUCGUCCUUCAAUACCGUUACCGCGACAAAGGCCUUCUAGGCCUCAACUUCAUCGAUCUGCUCCACCCCCUCGACCUCCACCCUCUCAAUCAUCUCAACCGCCUCGGCCUCCCCGACUUCUUCAACCCCAUCAAACUCCUCAGACCCUCCCUCCUCCUACUCAUCGCCGCCAUGUUCCAUCUCCGCCUUAUAACACCAAUUCUCGACCUAGAAUCAAAAUUGAACACAUUGCAUCACCACCAUCAUCACCACCACCUCGCAGAUCUCGCCAUCACCACAAUCCUGACCCACCUGAGCCUCGCUCUUCAAGCCGCGGUCGUAGUCAUCCUCCAGCCUCAAUGCAUUCUUUAACAAAAUCAAAUAUUACACAACACAAUGAAAACAGGUACUCAUCAAUAAACAACACACCAGCCGCAAAACAAUAG